AUGUCACGCAGACAAGCGAAGGGCGACUAUAUCGAGACUGACAGCGGAAACAAAGUCUCCCGGAAGGCUAUGCUGCAGGGCACGCAGAACAUCAUGCUCGGAGGCAAGGCCGUCAUCCAACCCGAGGUCAUGAUACGCGGCGACCUCGUCAGAACAGCCCCCUCGUCAUCCUCCAGCGGAGGUCCCGCCAGCUCCACCGCCGUCGCCAUCGGUCGAUACUGCUUCCUCGCGCGCGGCGCGCUGCUGCGGCCGCCUGGCAGGAUCUACAAGGGGACGUUCACGUACAUGCCGCUGCGGAUGGGGGACCACGUGUAUAUUGGUCAGAGCACGGUGGUGCAGGCCGCGACGGUCGGGAACCACGUCCACAUUGGGAGGGACUGCACGAUCGGGGAGUUCGCCAUCAUCAAGGAUUGCGUGCGGAUUCUGGACGGCACCAUUGUGCCCCCUCACAUGGUCAUACCGAGCUUCUCCAUCGUCGCUGGGCAGCCUGCCAGACUGAUUGGGGAACUCCCUGAGGGUGGGAGUCUGGAGGAUUUCGAACUACGCGAUCUCUACAAGUCUGUUGGGAACAACCCCCAGCCACCUGCCCCAUGA